CGCGCAUGCGCACUUGCUUGCAGCCUUGACUAGACAUUCGGUCAUAGGAGCUGCAGCGGCGGCCGCACCGGAGCAGGAGGCGCCGCAAGUGGAGUCGUUCUGUGGCGGGGGUCGGGGGGAGUGGGGGGCUGUCGCUCGAGCCGCGUCGGUUAAAUAAAAUCAUCAUCGCUCGACUGCGAACACGGUCCCUGCUGCAGGAGACGACAGCCAUGUCCACCCCAGAUCCCCCCAUGGGUGGCAACCCCCGCCCGGGUCCGUCUCCCGGUCCGGGUCCCUCCCCUGGGGCGAUGCUGGGCCCCAGCGCCGGUCCUUCCCCAGGCUCCGCUCACAGCAUGAUGGGACCGAGUCCCGGUCCUCCUUCAUCCGGACUCUCCCAGCCGGGCCCGUCUGGCUACAGCCAGGACGGCAUGCACCCCCUCCACAAACCUCUGGAGGGCAUGCACGACAAGAGCAUGAGCGAGGAGAGUCGCUUCAGUCAAAUAAAAGGACUGUCAGUGCGGCCGGGCGGGCACGCUGGUAUGGGUCCCCCGCCCAGUCCUCUGGACCAACACUCACAAGGUUACCACUCUCCAUUAGGUGGUUCCGACCAUUCUAGUCCAGUCCCUUCCAACGGCCCUCCCUCUGGACCUCUACUUCCAUCUUCCUCCUCAUCCUCCUCUUCACUUGGCCCCGGCUCCGCCUCCGCACCGUUAGAAGGCCCCGGUGGGGACCAGCACUCUUUGGGCCCCAGCAGCCGCCCGGGACCGCUCGGCGUUUCAGGGCCAGGACCGAGCCCCGGGCCCAGCCUAAGCUCCACCGUCCCCACCCUAGUGUCAGGCCUCGAAUCCGGUGGGCUUUCUGGACCCGGUGGUCCCGGGGGUCCCACUCCUUUCAACCAGAGCCAACUGCACCAACUCAGAGCUCAGAUCAUGGCCUAUAAGAUGCUGGCCCGGGGUCAGCCCCUGCCGGACCACCUCCAGAUGGCCGUCCAAGGGAAAAGGCCAAUGCCUGGCAUGCAGCAGCCCAUGACCAGCUUGACUCCAGGAGCUGGACCGCCAGGACCGAUGAGUUCAGGCUACAGUCGCGCUCACGGAAUGAUGGGUCCCAAUAUGCCUCCACCAGGUCCAUCGGGUACAGCAGUGGGGAUGCAAGGACAAAACCACAAUGGACCUCCCAAGUCCUGGCCGGAUGGCCCGAUGAUAAAUGCAGCGGCACCUUCCAACACUCCCCAAAAGCUGAUCCCGCCCCAGCCGACGGGACGCCCCUCUCCCGCUCCGCCCUCGGUGCCGCCGGCGGCGUCACCCGUCAUGCCUCCGCAGACGCAGUCCACCGGGCAGCCGGCGCAGCCUCCUCCUAUGAUGCCUUACCACAGCAAGCAGAGCCGCAUCACCCCCAUCCAGAAGCCCUGUGGCCUGGACCCCGUGGAGAUCCUGCAGGAGAGGGAGUACAGGUUGCAGGCCCGCAUCACACAUCGUAUCGCCGAGCUGGAGAACUUGCCGGGCUCUCUGGCUGGAGAUUUACGAACCAAAGCCACCAUAGAACUCAAAGCGCUACGGCUGCUUAACUUCCAGAGACAGCUGCGACAGGAGGUGGUGGUGUGCAUGCGUCGCGACACGGCUCUAGAAACGGCGCUGGAUGCCAAGGCCUACAAACGCAGCAAACGGCAAAGCCUGCGAGAGGCUCGCAUCACAGAGAAACUGGAGAAACAGCAGAAGAUCGAACAAGAGCGCAAGCGCAGGCAGAAGCAUCAGGAGUAUCUCAACAGCAUCCUUCAACAUGCCAAAGACUUCAAGGAGUACCAUCGCUCCAUCACGGGCAAAAUGCAAAAGCUGACCAAAGCUGUGGCCACCUACCACGCCAACACCGAGCGGGAGCAGAAGAAAGAGAACGAGCGCAUCGAGAAAGAGCGAAUGAGGAGACUCAUGGCAGAAGACGAGGAGGGUUACCGAAAACUGAUCGACCAGAAGAAGGACAAGCGUCUGGCCUACCUUCUGCAGCAGACUGACGAGUACGUGGCCAACCUCACCGAGCUGGUUCGCGCGCACAAGGCUGCGCAAGCCCUUAAGGAGAAGAAGAAGAAGAAGAAGAAGAAAAAGAAGAAGAAGAAGGUGGAGAGUCCAGAGGGACAGACUCCGGCUUUGGGGCCUGAUGGAGAGCCUUUGGAUGAGACCAGUCAGAUGAGUGACCUUCCUGUGAAGGUCAUCCACGUGGACAGUGGCAACAUCUUGACCGGGGUGGACGCGCCGAAGGUGGGACAGCUGGAGACGUGGCUGGAGAUGAACCCCGGUUAUGAGGUGGCCCCACGCUCUGACAGUGAAGACAGCGAGGAUGAAGAGGAGGAAGAGGAGGACGAGGAGGAGCAUCAGCCUUCCAGUGCACUAACAGAAGAAAAGAAGAAGAUAAGUGACCCCGACAGCGAGGACGUGUCAGAGGUGGACGUGCAACACAUCAUCGAGAACGCCAAGCAGGAUGUGGAUGACGAGUACAGCGGCGCGGCGUUCGCACGAGGACUGCAGUCUUACUACGCCGUGGCUCACGCCGUCACAGAGAAGGUGGAAAAGCAGUCCACUUUCUUGAUAAACGGACAACUCAAACAGUAUCAGAUUAAAGGCCUGGAGUGGCUGGUGUCGCUGUACAACAACAACCUGAACGGCAUCCUGGCUGACGAAAUGGGUCUGGGCAAAACCAUCCAGACCAUCGCGCUCAUCACGUACCUCAUGGAGCACAAGCGGCUCAACGGACCUUACCUCAUCAUCGUGCCCCUCUCGACUCUUUCAAACUGGGUGUACGAGUUUGACAAGUGGGGACCCACAGUUGUGAAAGUGUCCUAUAAGGGUUCUCCUGCCGCCAGAAGAGCUUUUGUCCCUCAGUUGCGCAGUGGCAAGUUUAAUGUUCUCCUCACCACCUACGAGUACAUCAUCAAGGACAAGCAAGUCCUGGCUAAGAUCCGCUGGAAGUACAUGAUCGUGGACGAGGGCCACCGCAUGAAGAACCACCACUGUAAGCUGACCCAGGUGCUGAACACGCACUACCUGGCGCCGAGGCGGGUGCUGCUGACGGGCACGCCGCUGCAGAACAAGCUCCCCGAGCUGUGGGCGCUGCUCAACUUCCUCCUGCCCACCAUCUUCAAGAGCUGCAGCACCUUCGAGCAGUGGUUCAAUGCGCCGUUUGCAAUGACAGGCGAGAAGGUGGAUCUCAACGAAGAGGAGACCAUCUUGAUCAUCCGCCGUCUUCACAAAGUCCUCCGUCCCUUCUUGCUGCGCAGGUUGAAGAAAGAAGUGGAGGCCCAGCUACCAGAGAAGGUGGAAUACGUGAUCAAAUGUGACAUGUCGUCUCUCCAGCGAGUGCUCUACAGACACAUGCAGGCCAAGGGCGUUCUGCUGACCGACGGCUCGGAGAAAGACAAGAAGGGCAAAGGAGGCACCAAGACUUUGAUGAACACCAUCAUGCAGCUGAGGAAGAUCUGUAACCAUCCAUACAUGUUCCAGCAGAUUGAGGAAUCUUUCUCUGAACAUUUAGGUUUCUCUGGCGGAAUAGUUCAAGGCCCUGACUUGUAUCGAGCGUCGGGAAAAUUUGAGGUGUUGGAUCGUAUCCUCCCCAAACUGCAAGUGACCAACCAUAAAGUGCUGCUCUUCUGUCAGAUGACCUCACUCAUGACCAUCAUGGAGGACUACUUCGCCUACCGCAGCUUCAAGUAUCUGCGUCUGGAUGGCACCACCAAGGCCGACGACCGAGGAAUGUUACUGAAGACCUUCAACGAUGCCGAGUCAGAAUAUUUCAUCUUCCUCCUGAGCACUCGCGCGGGAGGCCUCGGCCUCAACCUGCAGUCUGCCGACACUGUCAUCAUCUUUGACUCGGACUGGAACCCGCACCAGGACCUGCAGGCCCAGGACCGAGCUCACCGCAUCGGCCAACAAAACGAGGUGCGUGUGCUGCGCCUGUGCACGGUCAACAGCGUGGAGGAGAAGAUUUUGGCCGCCGCCAAGUACAAACUGAACGUAGACCAAAAGGUGAUCCAGGCCGGCAUGUUCGACCAGAAGUCGUCCAGCCACGAGCGCAGGGCCUUCCUGCAGGCCAUCCUGGAGCACGAGGAGCAAGACGAGGUCUGGGGACAAGACGUGUGUCUUCGGAUAAAUGAAGAGGACGAGGUCCCUGACGACGAGACGGUCAACCAGAUGAUCGCCAGGAGCGAGGAGGAGUUUGAUCAGUUCAUGCGCAUGGACUUGGACCGGCGGCGUGAGGACGCCCGCAACCCGCGGCGUAAACCUCGUCUGAUGGAGGAGGACGAGCUGCCCACUUGGAUCAUGAAGGACGACGCCGAGGUGGAGCGGCUCACCUGCGAGGAGGAGGAGGAGAAAAUGUUCGGAAGAGGCUCUCGCCAGCGCAAGGAGGUGGACUACAGCGAUUCGCUGACCGAGAAGCAGUGGCUCAAGCAGGCCAUCGAGGAGGGCACGCUGGAGGAGGUGGAGGAGGAGGUGCGGCACAAGAAGACCACCACUCGGAAGCGGAAGCGGGAUCGGGACCCGGAUCUCCCCGUGCCCUCCUGCUCCUCGGGAGGAAGAGGACGAGGGGACAAAGAUGAAGAUGCAAAGAGGCAGCGAAAAAGGGGGAGACCACCCGUCGAGAAGAUCUCCGCCAAUCCUCCUGCCCUCACCAAGAAGAUGAAGAAGAUCAUCGAUGCCGUCAUCAGAUACAAAGACGGCACGAGUGGACGUCAGCUCAGCGAAGUGUUCAUCCAGCUGCCGUCUCGCAAGGAGCUGCCCGAAUACUACGAGCUGAUCCGCAAGCCAGUGGACUUCAGGAAGAUCAAGGAGAGGAUUCGAGGUCACCGCUACCGCAGUCUCGGCGACCUGGAGAGAGACGUCAUGCUUCUUUUCCAGAACGCGCAAACCUUCAACCUGGAGGGAUCCCUGAUCUACGAGGACUCCAUCGUGCUGCAGUCGGUCUUCACCAGUCUCAGGCAGAAGAUCGAGAAGGAGGAGGAGAGCGAGGGCGAGGACAGCGAGGAAGACGACGAGGAACAGGAUGACGGAUCCGAGUCGGAAACCCGUUCCGUCAAGGUCAAGAUUCGACUGGGCAGGAAGGAGCGAGGCGGAGAUCGCGGAAAGGGACGCAGCAGACGAUCGGGACGCACCAGAGCCAAGCCUGUUGUUAGUGACGAUGACUCUGACGAAGAACAAGAAGAGGAGCGCUCCCUCAGUGCCACUGAUGAAGAGUCCUGAAGCGCACGGCGAUGAAAGAAUGUUAGCCAGGUGCGCUAUGAAGGGAAAUUCCCGCCUGCUCACGUCGAUACGCUAAACCUCCAUCCGGCCAUUAACAUAAAAGCGAUCAAACAGGAGGCUUUUGCAACACAUCGGGCAAAUGCACGGUCAAGGACUUUUAUUAUGGGCGUCCCUUUCGUUGCAUUUAUUUCUAUGGCAGUUCAGUAAUAAGAUGCGUGUAUUUACUAGUGGUGGGACUCCAAUUUUCCUUCCCUGGAGGAAAUACAGCUGGUGUUUGUCCUAAUUAGAGACUUUGUAAUUGAUGAAUUGCAAUCAAUCGCAUUUUGAUCAAAUUCAAAUAUUUGAUCAAAUAAGCUAUUCUUUUCCAAUCCUAGUACAUUUUGAUUGAUUGAAUAAACGCACAUUUAAAACAACUGCUUCGUUGCUGUUGCACUCAAGUGCUGCCGAGAGGAAAACAUCAGAGAUUGGCAAAUUCAUUUGAACUUGAACUUGAGCUGCGCUGACCAAAUUUCUCUUUUCGCCAGUUACGGAGCCAAAUGUUGCUCCGACUAAAGCGGUCAACGCUAACCGAAACCCCUGACGGCCGUUCUGCCUGCAGCAUGUUUUGUUCCUCAAAAUUAACAUAAUAAAGUCCCAGUCCAAGUAUUUAUAGUUGUUAAAAUCACAAAACGUGAAGCCUUCCAGUUGACUCUCCUUUUCAAUAUGAAGAUCACAACAUGAAGAUCACAUGGCCACUUUACUAUAUAAAUUGCUUUAUGACCACUGAACAAAACCUUCCUUGAACUGUGUCAUAGUCCUUUUUUACAAAAACAGUGAGGAAUCAAACUCCUCUGCUUUGCUCUUGAAAGCUUUGAACUUGCCAAAUAGUGAGACUAGUGCAACUAGUUUAUUUUCAGUCUGCUGACGUCCAAGCGUAUUUACGAACGUACAACAUCAGUGUUCAAAAUGGUGUUUUUAUAUUGUUGAAUGUUUUCAUUUUGGAGUAGUUCUGUUUCUAUUUAUUGUUUUCUUUGGUUAUUAAAAAAAAAAAAAAAGUUCUGAUUGAGAUUCAAAAUCAUUUUUUACAAGUGUGACCCUGACCAAAAAGCAGUUUAGACAUUAACACUUGAGCGUGAUUACAAAUGAAAACACAUUGCAGCAUGCUAUUAAAGGCUGUCAAAAAAGAUGAUGAGCGUGAAUAAGGCACAAGAUGAAACAAUUCCACUGUAUAUUUGGAUACAAUUACUACUCUGUAAAGGGACAAGAUGUGACUAGAUUUAAGUUAAAAAAAAAAAAAAAAGUGAGCUUAUCUGGCCCGUGGAGUUCUGAGAGCCACUAAAUCCAGUAAACAACGAUGAAUGUAUACAGAAAAUAUUUUCAAACUGCCAAAACUUCCUCACCUUGUGUACACGACAGAACGUGGGUCAGACAUUCAGAACCCAACAUGUCUGUUUGCAUACAUUGGUGUGUUCGGGUCUGAUCUCGAGCCUGAAAACACUUCUUGAUGCACUUCGGACUUCUUGGAGCACAGCGAAUAUGUACUGUAUUUUUAAUUGCUUCCUAAUGUUUUCUGUAUGUGGUGACCUUAGGUUGUCAAAACUCUUCAGUGUACUUUUUAGUUCUUAAUUUCAAGACAAAGGACCAGAGGGACGGCGGCUCCUCUCUGCUUGUGAACGCCUCACGGCCGGACGGUGUUGGAUGUUCUGUAAAUGUUACGAUUUGUUUUGGUGACUCUUCUCUUGAAGACUGUACUUUUAUUAUUAUUAUGGUAGUUAGUCAAGAACAUGCAACCAAAGCAUCAACACUUCUGUCUGUGCUGUGUUGUGUCGUUGUCACUGGAAAGAACCUUGUAACAAUAAAUGAAGCGUGAAAGUGGUUAUUGA